GUCGCACGCUCUCCGGACCCAGCCAGCCAGGCGCCCCCAGGCGAGACUAUUUUAAUGCGGAUUUCUCUGAUCGCCGGUAAAGUUGGGCAACGCGGCGGGUGCAGACCCGCUCCGGGGGGGUUCUCCCCGUGCGGUACCCACUCCUACCCCGUGACAGCCCACCCUCCCCAGCCUUGCGCUCGGGCCCUUCGUCAUCCGCCACCACACCUGCCGCUCACUCCCCGUUCCGGAAGCCGUCACUGCUUCCCGACCGCCACCCCAACGCGCCGUGACGCUCCUCGCUUUGCCGGCCAGGACCCGACCACUCUCUUCCACCAAACCCAGCAACCUUCCUUCCCCGAGGUGUUUUCGUCCCCUCAGGGAAGGGCGCCGUGGCCCAGCACCCGCUCCGAGCCGCCGCCACGGCUGGGAUUCCCUCCGGUCCGCCCGCCUCGCCUCCGCCGCUCGGGGACCGCCGCGCAGCCCCGACCCCGCCGGGCGGGGACCACUUCCGGCGCGCAGCCCCCUCCCGCCGGGCCGCGCGGCAUGCCGGGAUCUCGGGGCGGGCGGCGCGCGGCCCGGCGGGCGGGCGCCCGGCGGCGGUGCCGAGCGCGGCCCCGUCCCUGCCCGCUGGUCCCCGGAGGAGACGCAGCCCCGCGGCCCUUACCCGAGCGAGCGGGAGGGGGGCGAAACCGACCACGCGCCGGCUCCCCGCCACCGCCUUUGAACCACCGCCUGCUGCCGCGGAGAGGCGGCUCCGCGGGCUCCCCGGCAACGGGCGGAUUCCGGCCUCCGCGAACGAGGGCCCGGGCGGGACGCCGUCGGGCGCCUGAUUGGCCGGCCGCGCGGGGCCGCGCCUCGCUCAGACCCGGGAAGGGGCCGGGCGGGAAAGCCAGCUGUGGCCGGCGCGGAUUGGUGGAAGGAACCGGGACUGACACGCCUCUCCUCGACGUUGGUGGGCUGCAGUUGGAAUUGAUCACACCUUUUCAGUUGUACUUCAAUCCUGAAUUAAUCUUUAAACACUUUCAAGAAGGCUAUUUUCGAUACGCCAGAUGAGGAUCCAAAUUACAAUCCGCUACCCGAAGAGCGGCCCGGAGGCUUCGCGUGGGGCGAGGGCCAGCGCCUCGGCGGUUAGAGCAGCAGCGCCGCUAACGGGACCGGCUGGGAAGGACUCGGUGACACACCCGCGGGGGUCGUUUUAUCCUUUGUGUUGCAAAAGCGUGGACACUUGACGGCUUGGCAGAGCUCAACUCCAGAAGCACUUUAUGAAAUGGUACAGUAGUGAACCCAGCGGGCGCCGGGGGCGGUCGGCCCGCGGCUUCUCGCCACGCCGGCCCCGAAAGCGCGACCCCCGGAGCCAAACAACUGGAGACACAAAGCCGCCGCCGCCGCUCGCGAGCAGGUGCGGGAGGCCGGGGCCGUGUGGUGUGGGCUCAGCUUCCCCUCCUCCUCCUCUUUGACAGACGAGGCCGUGGGGUAAAUGGAGGUUUCAGAGAGGACAAAAUAAAACUGAAUUCCGUCUC